AUGCUCACACGGACAGCACUGCCACGAGGAGCCACUUUGGCGGGCACCCAGCGACGAGCCUUGUCCCGCUCAGCGCCCCGCUCGUACUCGCCCGCCAACUCGAAAACAGCCGUCGCCCUCCCUCCCACCGUCGCAAACUCGUCCCUCCUGCGCACGAGCCGAGACGACGCAUUGUGGACUCCUGGACUGCUCUGGCGGGACGAGGAACAUGUUGGGGUGGGCAGGUCGGAGGAGGCCAAGAGGGACAGGGAACUCAAGGAGGACGACUUGCGGCCAGAGGAGGAGGGCGGCAGGCCGACAGAGAAGAUGAACGUCUACCAAGCCAUCCGAUCCGCCCUGCAUACCGUCCUCACAAAGGACAGCUCCUCCCUGGUGUUUGGCGAAGACGUCUCGUUCGGCGGCGUCUUCCGCUGUACGAUGGGUCUGGCAGACCAGUUUGGGCAGGAGAGGGUCUUCAACACUCCUCUGACGGAGCAGGGAAUCGCAGGUUUCGGAAUCGGGCUGUCGACGAUGGGCCACACCGCUGUGGCUGAAAUGCAGUUCGCCGACUACAUCUUCCCCGCCUUCGACCAGCUCGUAAAUGACGCCAAAUAUCGCUACCGCUCCGGCGGGAUGUUCAACUGCGGAUCCUUGACCAUCCGCUCCCCCUGUUCCGCCGUCGGCCACGGCGGUCUUUACCACUCCCAAUCGCCCGAGGCGUUCUUCCUCCAGGCUUCGGGACUGAAGAUUGUGGUCCCGAGGAGCCCGAUACAGGCCAAGGGGUUGUUGCUUUCGGCCAUUCGUGAUCCGAACCCUGUCCUCUUCCUCGAACCCAAGAUCCUCUACCGCUCCGCCGUCGAACAAGUCCCCACAACCGACUACGAGCUCCCCCUGGGCCAGGCCGAAGUCCUCCAAGAAGGCAAAGACCUAACGAUCGUCUCGUACGGUCCGCCGCUUUACACGGUCGAGACGGCUCUGCACCACCUUCGUCAGCCGGACGAGGACUUGGAGAAGCUCGUGCCGAGGGAUUUGAGGGGGUUGAGUGUCGAGUUGAUUGAUUUGAGGACGAUCAUGCCUUACGAUAUCGAAACCAUCGUCAAGUCAGUCAACAAGACCGGCCGCCUCAUGAUCGUCCACGAAGCCCCUCUCGCAGGCAGCGUCGCAAGCGAACUCGCCGCCGAAGUCCAGCAAAGGUGCUUCCUCCGCCUCGAGGCGCCUGUCAAGCGUUUGACGGGAUGGGACACGCCGUUUGGGCUGGCGUAUGAGAAGUUUUACCUGCCAGACCAUGUCAGGAUCCUCGACGGCAUCAUCGAGACGAUGCGCUACUGA